UGGUAGGGUAUAUAGGAGCGGCAUCGCUUACACAUUAAUACGAUGUUUACUUCGCCCCUAUACCUCAUCGGCUCCGUACGAUUGAUACCCGCCAGCACUUGACACAGACAACGGAAGUAUGGCCUUCGAAUUCACAGACCGCGCACAAAGCGCCGUUGGCGCAGCAUCACAGCUGGCCAAGGAUUACGCUCACCCACAAGUCACAGGAUCACACCUCGCCCUCGCUCUCCUGCUCGACUCCAGCGGCCCGACCGUAACGGGUGUAACAGCUCCUGGCGCUGCAGGGGCCGCGGGGGCCGGCUCAGGAUCGGCGGCGACCGAAUCGCUGUUCCACUCCGUGCUCAGUAAGGCCGGCGUGGACGUGGCAAAAUUAGAGCAAAGUCUGCGCGACACGCUGCGCAAGAUUCCGCAGCAAAACCCACCGCCCGAUGAGACGUCGUUCAGCCGAGAAGCGCUGAAAGUCAUUCAGGAAGCCGACAAGCUCAAGAAGACGCAGCACGAUUCGUACAUCGCGCAAGACCACCUGCUGCUCGCGCUAGUAGAUCACGACACCACGCUCAAAGGCUUGCUCAAGGCCGCCGGCCUCGCUAACUCGGAGCUGCUGAAGACGGCCAUCACAAAUGCACGCGGCGCCAGAAGGAUCGAAAGUAAGGCCAGCGAGGCGGGUUUCGACGCACUCAACAAGUACUGUACAGACUUGACCAUGCUCGCCGCCGAGGGCAAGCUCGACCCUGUCAUUGGCAGAGAUGAUGAGAUCCGCAGAGUCGUGCGAGUUCUCUCGCGACGUACUAAAAACAACGCAGUCUUGAUUGGAGAACCUGGUACCGGAAAAACUGCUGUCAUGGAAGGACUCGCGCAACGGAUCAUUGAUCGGGAUGUCCCGCCAAAUCUUCUCGGACGCCUUCUUUCACUCGACAUGGGCGCACUUAUGGCAGGCGCAAAGUACCGCGGCGAGUACGAGGAGCGCGUGAAGGCUGUUCUGGACGAGAUCGAAAAGGCUACCGAGAACGGGACCAACAUCAUAUUGGCAAUCGACGAGAUGCAUCUCUUGAUGGCAGGCAAGGGCGGUGACUCGGGUAUGGACGCGGCGAAUCUGAUCAAGCCCAUGCUUGCGCGCGGCAAGCUUCGUUGCAUCGGUGCAACGACCCUUGCAGAGUACCGGCAAUACAUUGAGAAGGAUGCCGCGUUCGAGCGACGCUUCCAGCAGGUCCUUGUCGAAGAACCGGAUGUCAAUGCCACCAUCGCCAUCCUCCGUGGUCUGCGCGACAAGUACGAGGUGCACCAUUCUGUGCGCAUUCUCGACUCUGCACUCGUCCAGGCUGCCGUGCUCGCCAAGCGCUACCUUACCAGCCGCCGCGCACCCGAUAGUGCAAUCGAUCUAGUCGACGAGGCUUGCGCAGAUGUGCGUGUGCAGCGCGACACUGUACCAGAGGACAUCGAUAAGCUGCAACGCAAGAAGCUACAGCUCGAAGUCGCCAUCCAUGCCCUCGAGCGUGAGAAGGACGCUAGCAGCAAGGAGGACCUCGAGAAAGGACGCAAGGAGCUGUCUCAAGUGGAUGAAGAACUCGCGCCGCUUAUCGCCAAGCACGACGCAGAAAAGGCAAAAGGCGAUGAAAUCAACAAUGUCCGCAGGCGCAUCGAGGAGCUGCAGCAAAAGGCACUAGAUGCGGAAAGGAGGUACGACCUGCAGACGGCAGCCGACCUGCGCUACUAUGCCAUCCCGGAGCUUGAGGUGCGUCUCAAGAGCCUGCAAAUGGAGGAGCGCAAGCGUGAGGAAGAAGGCGUGAGCAAUGGCGCGAACACAGUCACUUCCGAGCGUAUCGCGCAGAUCGUCGCUCGCUGGACGGGAAUCCCCGCAGCGAAGAUGAUGGAGGGCGAGAAGCAGAAACUGCUCAAGCUCGAGCACUUACUUGCCAAGGACGUCAUUGGGCAACCGGAAGCUGUCAAAGCGGUUGCGCAAGCCAUCCGCCUCUCUCGCUCCGGCCUAGCCAACCCCAACCGACCGAUCGCAUCUCUGCUUUUCUGCGGCCCGAGCGGAACCGGCAAGACGCUCCUCAGCAAAGCUCUUUCCAAGCAGCUCUUCGACGACGAGAACGCCAUGAUGCGCAUAGACGCAUCCGAGUACAGCGAGAAGCACUCGAUCAGCAGGCUCAUCGGCGCGCCGCCUGGCUAUGUCGGGCACGAUUCGGGUGGCCAGUUAACUGAGUGGAUCCGCCGACGUCCGUACUCAGUCGUGCUCAUCGACGAGAUCGAGAAAGCGGCCAAGGAGUUCGUCACUCUCUUCCUGCAGAUCUUGGAUGACGGGCGCUGCACAGACGGUCAAGGCAGAGUGGUCAGCUUUAAGAACUGUGUCAUCAUCAUGACUUCCAACCUCGGUUCCGCAUCGAUCAACGCUGACCCGUCCGCAGACGAAGGCGGCUCCAUCUCGCCUGCCACGCAGCAGCUGGUGCAGUCAGCGAUCGCGCAGCACUUUGUCCCCGAGUUCAUCAAUCGGAUCGACUCGACCAUCAUUUUCCGCAAGCUGAGCCGCAAGGACAUCCGCAGCAUUGUCGAGAGCAGAGUCAAGGAAGUGCAGCACCGACUUUGGUCCAAUGGCCGGCGCAUUAAGCUGCAGCUCGAUGACGGCGCCAAGGACUACCUCGCGUCGAUUGGGUACAACCCCUCGCUUGGCGCGCGGCCACUUAACAGGGCCAUCCAGAGCAGCCUGCUCAACCCUCUCUCGCUGCUCAUCCUUCGCGGUCAGGUACGCGACAAUGAGACAGUCACUGUCACGUUCGAUGGGCCCGGCAAUUGCCUCCUGGUCAACCCAAACCACCCCAUCCCUCCAGAGUUCGAGGACAUUAACGAAGAUAUCGACAUGGACUCUGACAUGGCGAGCGAUGCCUUCAUCGAAGAGGAGCCGCUUGACUAAGGCGGGUCCAUAAGCAAGCGCAAUGCAGGCGACACAGAUUGGUGGCCGCCCUUUCGAUAAUCGACAGGCUGUGAGGAGAUAUGAUACUGGGGCGAGGUUCCCAAAGCAUAGUGCUUUGUAUUCAAGACGUGGUUCAGUCGCAAGCAUCACACCAACGCAACUCUACAGUUUCACACAUAUGUAUACAAGCUGCAACUUGCAAUUCAU